UACCUUUAAUUUUCUCUCACGGUACGCAACAGAAUUUGAUAAUAUAUACACCACUAGAUAGCGGAAAUCUUCCUCUACAAACCUACAUAUAUCCCGUUUUGUGGUCAAAACAUCAUAGUCGCCUUUGGCGACUAUGAUUUCUCAUACGAUAUUAUACAUAUUGAUACUAUCCCUUUGUCUGUAACUGAGCGUAUAAGUUUUAUGAAUUCACCGACUAAAUGAUAAUUAUUUUUUCCGUAAAGUUGAUCAAUAUUAACUAUUUAAUGUCUCAUCUUUCUUUUAGUUAAUAUGUAGUCUAGAUAUUUAUCGAUUUUAUUGACUUUAGAUGGUUCCUCUUUAUCUCAACGUGGUGGUCAAAUUUUAAUGAUCGAUAAUCCUGAAUUAUCCUAUUACAAAUCGGCUCUCGAAAGUGAACGUGCUCGUCGAAGUCAUUCUGAAAAAUUGAUCGAAUCACAACGUUUAAAAUUGUUAGAAUAUGAAGAACAUCUUCUACAAAUAAAAUCAUCCGAUAUGAAAAAGACAUUAUGUAUGCAACAAUUAGAACAGAUGAUACCAAAUAUAGUUGAUGAAUGGAAACAAAAAGAACUUGAAUAUCAAAAACAACUUCAACAACAAGAUCAACGCCUUAAGAAAGUUGAACAUGAAAAAGAUCAACAAUUUCAAGAAUGUCAGUUAUUACACACUAAAUUGAAAGAUAAGAGUGAACAAACUCAACAAAUGAUAAAGGAUCGAGAGAAAUGGAAAAGUGAAGGUGAACAGAAACAAAAGGAUUUGAUUCAUAUACAACAAAAAUUACAAGAGCAAGAAACAACAAAUCAACAAUUGAAAUUUGAAUAUGAACAAAAUCAGCUUCGCUCGUCAAAAUUAGAAGAUGAAUUAAAAUGUGAUAUAUCGAAAUUGGAACACACAGUCGAAGAAAAAGAACAAGAAUUGGAAGAAAAACGUGUUGAAUUUCAAAAUAUUCAAAAAGAGUCCGAUCGUGUCAUAAUGGAACAUCAGACAAAAAUAAAACAAAUUGAACUCGAACUUGAUGAACAACAACGUGAUAAUAAUGUGAUGAAAAUGGAAUUAGAAUUACGCGAUGCAAAAUAUCGAACUCAAACCGAAUCAUUAAAAAUUCAAUUGACAAGAGACUAUGAAGUUAAAUUAAAAACCAAGUUAGAUGAAGUAACAAUGAAACAUUCUCGUCUUGAAGAUGAAUUUUCUGAAUUAAAUCGUCGUAAAUUAUUAGAUCAACAAGAUAAACAUACGCAAGAAGUGUUUCAAUUAAAAGCAUCGUACGAAGUGAAAAUAGAAGAUUUAUUAAAGAAAAUUGAACAGUUACAAAUUGAAUUAGAACAAAUGCAUACAUCGACCGUAUCUGAACGACAAGAAUUGGCCAAGAAGUUGCAAGAUGUAUUUGAAACAACAUUGCUUAAAGGAACGGCGACCAAUUUAAUAAGUGAAACAUUGUCGAAUAUGAGUGAGCGUACAAUGCCAAUAGAUUCACAACAUCGAAACAGAUUGAUUCAAAUGGAAUCUGAUCAAAGUACGCAUCGUGCAGAUUCUGAUAAUUAUUCAUUACACACUCAAACUGUAAUGACUCAACAGCAGCAAAAUUCUAAUUUAUCAACAAUUCGUUCGUUAUCAAAUAGAAUUGAUUCUCUCGCUGAUCAGACAAAUAAAGUUUAUACCGGAACAUAUGGAAAUAUUGAUCAUCAGCAAGAGUAUCGACCACAAUUUACUGGGGUUGAACGGCAUGAAUGGGCAUUAGACACAAAUGAUCGUGAAUUUAAUCCCAUUCAAUUACAACAACAACCACCAUUACUCCUACCAUCGUCUGAUCACUCUCAUCUUGUUCAGUCACAAUUUAAUCGUUUAAGUCCUAUUCAGUAUACGUUCGACUGGUUUCCACAUUCCUCGUCGAUUCAAAGUCAAAAUCAGAAUAAUACUAAUGACAAUGACAAUAAUACCGUUCAUAGUCCGUUGGUAGAUUCCUCAACUCUAACCAAACAAAGUUACUCUCAACCUCAAUCACAAUCAUCCUCAUCGAUAUUCAGUUUAGAAUCAAAUGGUAAUAAUAACAAUUUACCUUCAUCGCUAACCUCUCGUCUCAUUCAUCAACAAAGUUUAUCAAAUAAUUCUCUAAUGAGUGAUAGAAGUCAAUGUGACUAUCAUCAUCAAAUACAACAAUUCGUUCCCACUUUAUCGUCUAUAUCAAAAGGCAGUAUUGAUCUGGAACAACCAACAAUAAAUAAUAACAACAAUUCAAACGAGUCACUACAACGAUAUAUUAAAAUGUUAUUAGAUAAAUCACCAAAACAUGAACAGUCAGCAGAUCUUUCUAUGCGCAUGCCUAACUCAAAUUCUCAUCUAUUAUCUGGAACUCACUGUUCUCUUCAAGAUAAUCGUUUAUCAGUUGAUGAAUUUAAUUCUAAAAUUUCUUUAUCAUCUCAUAAUCAAUCCGAACGAGAUAUUCAAACAAUUGUCGAUGAUCUUAUUCACGAAGAAUAUACACCUCGUCAACAACAAUCUCAACGAACUCCAAUAAAAAAUGAUGAUAUUGGUGUUAAAAAACGUUUAGAUUAUAAUCAAAAAUCAGAAUCUCACAAUGAUCUAUUUGAUCGUCUAUCACAACCUAAAACACGAUCAAAUCGAUCGAAUAAAACAAAAAAAAUAAAAUCUACAUUACAACAGACAAAUGCAUCAUUAAAUAGCAUAAAAACAUCAGCAUGGAAAUAA